UCUCGCCUCGAUCGCGACAUCUAUCUGUUACCUCUCUCUCGUGGGUGUGUCCUUCCGCCGGCAUGGCGGAGCAGCUCAUCUCCACGGCCGUGCAACACACGCUGCCCGAUAGCUACGUCCGGGCGGUUCCAGAGGUCGUCCCGGACGCCGACAUCCCCGUCGUCGACCUCGCCAACCCCGACCGCGCCGCCGUCGUCACCCAGAUCGGCGCCGCCUGCAGCUCCCACGGCUUCUUCCAGGUGCUCAACCACGGGCUGCCGCUGGAGCUCAUGCUCGAAGCGAUGGCGGUGGCGCACGAGUUCUUCCGCCUCUCGCCGGAGGAGAAGGCCAGGCUCUACUCCGACGACCGGGCCAAGAAGAUGCGCCUCUCAACCAGCUUCAACGUGCGCAAGGAGACUGUGCACAACUGGCGCGACUACCUCCGGCUGCACUGCCACCCGCUGGAGCAGUUCGUCCCGGAGGGGCCAGCCAAUCCGCUGCCCUUAAGGGAUGUCAUGGGCACAUACUGCAAAGAGGUCCGGGAGCUCGGGUUCAGGUUCUACGCGGCGAUAUCGGAAAGCAUGGGGCUGGAGCAGGACUACGUCAAGAAGGUCCUCGGCGAGCAAGAGCAGCACAUGGCGGCCAACUUCUACCCCAAGUACCCGUCGCCAGAGCUGACCUACGGGCUCCCGGCGCACACGGUCCCCAACGGCCUCACCACCCUGAUGAUGGACGAGCAGGUCACCGGGCUGCAGGUGCUCAAGGAAGGCCGUUGGAUCGCCGUCAACCCGCGGCCCAACGCGUUCGUCGUCAACCGCGGCGACCAGUGGCUGCAGAACUGCAUCCACAUACAUAAUCAAGACAAAACCCUUGGCGGGGCAGCAGUCGGUGCGGCAUCACGCGGCACGGAAGCAGGCGGUGCGGCAUCACGAGGCGCGCUAGCAGGCGGCGUGGGAGCAGGCGGCGCGGCCAAGGUCUCCGCCGCGGCGAGAAUGAUAAAUGCCUUGGCCAAUGUCACUAGCGCGGUCGUCGACAUCUUCAAAUGCGCCAACGCCAACGACGAGUGACGGCAGGAAAUACAUAAGGGAAGUCAACAGCCGCCUUCUCCUCCUCCAAGAAAGAAAGUUAGGGUUCGUGCCUCUCGCCGUCGCUGGCGCAGGUCCGCCUCGUCUCCGAUGGCCCUAGGGCCAUGGAGGCGCAGUGGAUCCUGUCAAGGGCCGGCGGGAGGGCUCCAUUUUUAGCCGAUUUUUUCAAUCUUGCUAGGGUUUGUGUCCUGCUCACGAAGGCGAGACGGCGGCGGCUCCUUGAAGAUGGAAUAAAGGUCUCCCCGCCUAGCCCCGUUCCGGCAGUGCGUCUAGCAUCGUUGGUGGGCGUGUGGAGAUGUGUCUCCGGCAGAUCUAUCUUUGGUGGAUUUGCUCGGAUCUCGUCGUUGUUUAUGUACAUUCGUGUGUUUUCGAUUUGGAUCCUUCCGAUCUACGUUAUUUUUAUCGGCGGCGGUUGCUGUUAUUGGGUGUUGGUCCUAUGGGGGCUUAACACGACGAUUUCUCGACUGUCUACUACAACAAGGUGUGCCCGACUCUGGCGAUGGAGGGGUAAUGACGGUGGCGCGCCUUCGGCUCGCUUCAGUGCGUGUAGUCGUCGUUAGGUGGUCUUUGGA